GGAAAUCUAAAGAAAUCCAACACCACGAAACCAUAUCAUCAUUUUCCUAUCUCCUACUACGGUUUUGCCAAAACACUGUGUAAAAGCCACCAUUUUUUCUUCCUCUCCUUCACCUUUCUUUCUCUCACAUGCUCCCUCACACGUAAACUCACCAUGGCCACAGCCAUCUUUCACAAGUGGCUCACUCAUUUCACAGACACAAAGAAAUGCAGCAGCAACACCCUUUAUUCAAAUGCUUCCAAGGGACACCAAUCCCUCUACUUCCACCACUAUCAUAGACCUGUGUGUCAAGGGUGCUGCUACCUUUCAAUGAAUGGUUGCAGAGAGGGACAUGAACAACAUGCAAGAGCAAGGAAGCCAGUUGGGACCAUAGAAACCAGAACGUUGGCAACUGUUGCAUCACCUGCAAUGGCUAUGUACAGUCUGAACUUGGCCAUUUCAGAGCUGAAAUCGGCCCCGUUUGGUACCUCGUCGGGCAUAGUAAGGGUGCAGGUGCCGAUUGAAGAGCAGGUUGAGGCCAUCGAUUGGCUCCAUUCACAGAACCAUCUUCUGCUUCCUCGCUGCUUCUUCUCUGGAAGGAAGCACAGUCCCAAUGGUGAAGCAAACUUGGUGAGCGUUGCUGGGGUGGGUUCAGCUGUUUUCUUUUCCCAGCCACAUCCUUUUUCCUACUGGGAUUGGAUUUCUAUAAGGAGGUUUCUUUCUGAGAGGUGCCCUUUAGUCCGUGCCUAUGGUGCUAUCCGUUUCAAUGCAGAAGCUAAGGUGUCAUCAGAGUGGCUGGCUUUUGGUUCUUUCUACUUCGUGAUACCUCAGGUUGAGUUCAAUGAGCUUGAAGGAGGAUCAAUGCUUACCAUUACUAUUGCUUGGGAUAAUGAUCUUUCUUGGUCAUGGGAAAAUGCAAUCAAUGCACUUCAAGAAACACUUUGCAAAGUUUCUUCCUCCAUUGUGAACUUUCCAAAACAAACUCCUCCAACAUUAAUAUUAAGCAGCCAUAACAUUCCUAGUAAAGUAGACUGGGAUCUUGCAGUUAAUAGAGCUUUACAAAUGAUAGAGCGAAAUGACUCCUUAUUAACCAAGGUUGUGCUAGCACGUAGCACUAGGGUCGUACCUACUUCUGAUAUUGAUCCUCUUGCAUGGUUAUCUUGCUUAAAGGUUGAAGGUGAAAAUGCGUAUCAGUUUUUGCUUCAGCCACCAAAUGCACCAGCAUUCAUUGGAAACACACCAGAGCAACUAUUUCACAGAAAAUGGCUCCACAUUACUAGUGAGGCUUUGGCUGGGACCCGUGCUAGAGGAGCAUCACAAGCAUUAGAUCGCCAAAUUGAACUUGACUUACUUACCAGUCCAAAGGAUGACAUUGAGUUUACCAUAGUGAGAGACACCAUAAGAAGAAAAGUAGAGGCAGUAUGUGAAAGGGUUGUGAUCAAGCCAGAGAAAAUGAUAAGAAAACUCCCCAGGAUUCAACAUUUGUUUGCUCAAUUAUCUGGUAGGCUAAGAAGAGAAGAAGAUGAGUUUGAAAUUUUGUCAUCUCUUCACCCUAGUCCAGCGGUUUGUGGGUUUCCAACCGAAGAGGCACAACUUUUAAUUGCAAAGACAGAAGUAUUUGAUCGAGGGAUGUAUGCUGGACCUGUUGGUUGGUUUGGAGGAGGAGAGAGUGAAUUUGCUGUAGGGAUUCGGUCAGCAUUGGUGGAAAAGGAUAGAGGUGCAUUUAUAUAUGCUGGGACAGGGAUUGUGGAAGGAAGCAGUCCUUAUCUGGAAUGGGAUGAGCUAGAACUCAAGACAUCUCAGUUCACCAAGUUGCUCAAGCUGGACUUGCCUCAGAGACAAAAAGUAGAUUGUAAAUGAGCUCCACUGAUACGUUUUUCUAAAUGAAGUUUGAGAUUAUGGUAUUUCCUUCCUUUGGAAAUUGGCCUAAUAAAUUUGGCGAUUGGGAGGAUAUGGACGACAUUUAGUUUGUACAAAUGAGGUUUAUAUAAUGGAUUAAGUUCUUGGCUCAUUUGAGAAGAUUCAAGAAAACUAGUCAAUUUGUAUAUGGGUUAAGAAGCCAAGACUACAAUUCUUUCCCCUAAUACCUUUGUUGUAUUAGGCAUUAAUCUUAAGGAAAAUCAUAAUCAUCAUUGUGUAAUAUCAUAUUUGGGUAUAAUAUCAUAAUCAAACUACUUUGUCGUUACAAUUC